UUUAUUCAGGGGCGGGUCACAGUUGCUUGACAAGCACAUGGCGCUUUCUUCCUAAAGAACACUACGCAUAGCUUUUUAACUGGCCGUCACAACCAUACAGCGGAACGCGCUAGGCUCGGACAACUGGUUUUCCACAUUUCACUUUAGUGGAUUCAUCAUUCAAAACCGGACAAUAUGAAUAAAAUUUAUCUGGGUGGUUUAAACACGGACGUAACAGCAGAAAGUUUAACUAACUUAUUCAACGAAAAUAGUGUAGAAGCGACAAAUAUUGUCGUCAACAAAAAAGGUUUUGCUUUUGCCGAUUGUAAGGAUCCAACAAGUGCAGAAAAGGCAAUCGAAAAGCUUAACGGUAUGACAUUCGAAGGAAAGGAUAUCUCCGUGGAACAUUCAGUACCACGAGGAUCAAAAAGCAAGAAAGUUCAGGUUCGUAAUAUUCCUUCUCACCUCAAUUGGGAAGAGUUGGACAAACUACUGGCCGAAUAUGGAACUGUAGAAAAUUGCGAACAAGUUUCCACUGAGAGUGACAGUGCUACUGUGAAUGUAACGUACAGUACUCGUGCAGAGGCACAAACUGCCAUCAGAGAACUCAAUGGAAAAACAGUGGAGGGUAGUCAGCUUAAGGUGAGCCUCCUGCCGGACCCAAAUGAUACCUCCCGACCACCAAGAGGUAAUAGAUAUCCUAACUCUGGCUAUAAUGGUCCCUACAAUGGGAAUGGAUAUGGCAAUCGACCAAAAAUUCCUGAAAUGCCUACCAGAAUGUUGGUGUCAAGCCAGUAUGUUGGAGCAAUCAUAGGAAAAGCAGGAGCGACCAUCAAGCAGAUUACUCAUGAUACACAUGCACGUGUCGAUGUUCAUCGCAAAGAGAAUCCUGGUGCAACUGAGAAGGCUGUUACCAUCAAUGGUACUCCCGAAGCAUGUACUGCUGCUGUUGUAAAGAUACUCGAGAUUGUGAGAGAGGAAGACCGUAAUGCAAGAACUGCCGCUGGAACUUGGACUGAAGAUGAGCUGCCGUUAAAACUUCUGGCUCACAAUUCUCUCAUUGGUCGAUUGAUUGGAAGAGAUGGCCGCAACUUGAAAGCUAUUCAAGAUAAAGUUGACACUAAAAUUGCCAUCUCCAAGGAUUCAGGCAGAUCACCUAUGGGAUAUUUCUGGCGGAAAGGCAUCUGGAGUCAGAGGUCCUCCCCCAGCCUGACGGAUAUGUCAAUAUUUAACGCGGAGCGGACGAUCACCAUAUUUGGAGAUUUGAAAAAAUGUGAAAGUGCCGAACAAUUGUUGAUGGAAAAACUUCGUAGCUGCUACGAGAAUGACAUGACAUCUGCUUACCAGGGAUAUGGUCCGCUUCAGGGAGGUGCUCCAGGUGGAUUCAUGGGACCACCCCAAGCUAUGUAUGGACCUCCACAACCAUAUGGACAAAUGCAACCUUCACCUUCUAGUACAACUGAGAAUUGUACCCUCUAUAUUCCUUCCAACUCUGUUGGGGCAAUCAUUGGCACCAAGGGAAGUCACAUUCGUAAUGUGUCUCGUAUUGCCAACGCUUCCAUCAAAAUUUCUCCAGCUGAAAAUGGAGAUGGCGACAAAGAACGUCGUGUGGCGAUCGUUGGAACACCUGAAGGCCAAUGGAAGUCCCAGUUCUGUAUUUUUGACAAACUGAAGCAGGAAGGUUUUUUCGGUAAUGAAGAAGGACGUCUGACAUCCGAGAUAAAUAUUCCAUCUUCUCUUGUCGGCAGAAUCAUCGGAAAAGGAGGAAAUAAUGUUCGUGAACUUCAAAGACUAACCAACUCUGAAGUUGUCAUUCCACGUCAGUCUGAAACUGAAGGAAUGGAGGAGGUUCCUGUUAAAAUUGUGGGACAUUUCUUUGCUAUUCAAUCUGCUCAAAGAAAGGUGCGGGAAAUGAUGAUGAAAGUGCGUGAGGGUGAUCGUGCUGGGAAAAUGAGAAACGGAGUCAAGCCGCGCAAUUCGUACGAGACUUAAAUCAACAACCAUCUGCUAGUCGUUCGUCAAAAAGAAUGCAGUAAUAUGUUCUUGUCAUAACCAACAAUUCUUAUUAAGUAGUAAUAUUUGUCAGUGAAUUAUAAACCCAUUUAUAGUAAUUUACGUAGAUAUUCAAAUUUGAUCGUGGCGGCAGUAUUGAUAAGCGUAGUAACGUAUAUUCUGUCUGAAGUAAUUUUCACAUGUAUCUUAAAAAAAUUCUGAUCAGGUUAUGAACUAAAAUUAUAAAUCACAAUUUUUGGCUCUGUUAUAUCAAAUUAUCUUAAUCGAAUGAAAAUAAUGUGAUUUUAUGGAGAAUCAAAAUUUUUUUCAUAUUUGAAAUCAUAAUCAGAUGUGUAGUGCUACAUUUCUGUGUGCAUGUAACCGAUUCAUUGGGUGAAAAAUUGGGUGCUUUUUCUUAGUUUUACUUUAUUGCCACGUUUUUUUUUCAUGGGGGGGACUUAUCAUGUCAUUGUUGUUUCUGUUUGCUUAUUACGAUGAUUAGUUUCCCCCCGGUUUUCUUUUUUUGUAUGUCCGUCUGUCGUAGUAGCGGCUUCAAACGGCGACGUCCUUUUUUAUAGGGUGCGAUAUAUGAACGAGGGUGGUUAUGUGAAGCAAUGAAAGCUAGAAAGACUGUGGCGUGUAGAUUGCGUAAUGAAUACCGACAAAGGGAGGGAGUCUAGAUUUAAGAAAAAAAUGCCCAUUUCCAUAUUUGGAAAUGCGAAACUAUAACAAAAACUAAAUAAAAAUUGAGAAAAAUAUAUAAAACUUGAAACACUGCUCGUUUCUUGAAAAAAAAAGUGUCUAAAAUGGCAUAUUCCAUCUCACUGCCUUCACUGUUUUGCUGGAUUAGCACUGGAGUACCACUAAGUAGGAGUGGCAGGAUUUCUUUCAUUUGACAUGCUUCAUAUUCCUGCAUUAAAACGUUAUAUCCACUUUUCCAUAAAUUGUUAAUGUACUACACCUGAGACAAUAACUUUUAAAUUGGUUUCGUGUGUUAUUGACGUUUAUUACAGGAACAAGCGAUGUUCAAAUAUUCACCCUUACCCCGAACCCUUUAUGUUAGAAACUGAAUUUGAGCAUUUUCAAAAUAUCUGUUGUAUUGCGAUUCAAGUUUCUGCCGUAUCCUUUAUUCUUUUUUAUACCUCAUUUUUUUUUAUCUGUGCGAGUGUUUUUAAGAGCUAGCGAUGUCUUUAUGAAAGUGCUAGAUCUUAAUUUACUUUUUUUUUCUUGCUUUUGUCUUAUACUUUUUUAUUUUUGUAAAAAAAAUCCGGUAAUCUGAUCCUAGUCACACAAAUAAGCUGCUAUUCAAAGUCUUAUUUUGGAUAAACCAAAAGUAACGCUAAUUCUGAUCAAGAUAUUUCAUUCCAUGUUAAUUCAACUGAGUCUGCUAUACCGUAAUAUAAAAAAACGCACUCGCUUAUAUGUCUCACUACAAAUUAUUGCUGCUGUAUUUGGCAAUUUUUCUUUGUUAUUUACAACCUUCGUCACACCUACCCCAAUUUUCAAACUAAUGUUUAUUGAGAAAUCCUGUUGUUUAUUAUCUGCACCAGUCAUGUGACACAUACUGUAUUCGGUAUGUGUCACACUCGAUGUGUGCCAGCGGUUUAUGUGAACCCAACCAUACAGACACUGAUUGUGAGCUAGUCAAAAAGUUGUUUUUUGGUAAAAAAUAACUUUUGGCUGGCGCUUUGGAGUUGAACCAUACUUUCUCUCUCUACUUGGCUUGUACACAAACAACCACCCAGCCGAUGGAAUGGUCAAUCAUAAUAAUGUAGUUCUACGCUAGACAUGGUAAAAAAUGCUUUUUCUGGUUUGGUCGAAAUACAACUACGUAUGUACAUGCUAGCUUCUUCGUGAUGGUAGCCUCCCAGAUAACUAUGAUGAAACAAUUCAAUUUAAAAAUUAACCUGUUAUGCACCUUCGUGCAAGUGUUGUUAAGCUGCUGUAACUGUAUUUCAUAUGAUUGUCACUUGUGGGGUACAUAAAAGGUUAAUUUUUGAUUGAAAAUAUGUAAUACCUUUUUUAAAAAAGGCCGCAAUCUGAUGCCCGAUUUAUAGAAUCACUGGUCCCAAUUGUUACUCUUGCUCAACAUCGCAAAAAGCUAUUUAUUCUUAGCACAACAUCUUAUAAAUAUUGGGAUCCAGUUCUCACCAUAACCCUUCUCUAUUUCCCUGUGGAAUAGCGGGUUUUAAACAGAAUGUUGACACAGCUAUAUGAAAGACAAUGUGUAACUUUCUGGCUAUUUUUCUUUGCUGAUGAACACUCUCUCAAGUGUUCUACACUCAUUUUGUGUUCCGAUAAUGCGUAACUUCGCUGUUUCCGUUAUAUGGAUCAGCACCAAUUUUGUAUAUACUGAACUGAAUAUUACAGGUGCAAUUGCGCCUGUAAUCGUAAUAGAACGUGUGCUCGUACGCACAAGCCCAGGCAGAAGUUUAUUCACUAGAAAGAAAUUUUAUGUGUAUAAAUUUCUGUUUGGGCUAGGGUAACAACUCUUGCUGCUUUUGAUUUAUCUGAUUUCACCCACCUGUGUACAAUUGCAUGAGUAGAAAUUUGGCUGUUUCUUGUAUUCAAUAUUGUAACCACAUUUUAAGUACCUGGAUUGGACUUAUUAUAAGGACUGGACAUUUUCGUAUUGCAGCCGUUUUUAACAUACUACAGGCUAGUAAUUGUUAAGGUGUCCAGCCCCCUGAUAUAUGUACGGAUUAAUAACCGAUUGCUGCAGAGGAAUUUCGAGACCACUGGCAGCAGAUUGGUACUGUGUUGAAUUGGGUUUUCAUUGUUGAGAUGUUGCUUAGUUCCGUUUGCCAUUUGUUUCCAACUGUUCAUGAUAUUACUUGAUAUAUAAUGCCAUAGAUUCAAAUGGUCAAUAAUAAAACCAGUCCAUGUGCUAAAA